AUGGCGAACGAGGGCGAACGGCCAACCUCCGCCGACAAGGGCAAGGGCAAGGUUGAUGAUGUUCGCGAACUCAACGGCAAGAAUACCGAAAAUGGCGAGAAAGCGCCAGUAGACGGAAAGAAGAAGGACGAAGAAUCUCCAGAUGAGGAGCUCAGCGAAGAGGAUCAGCAAUUGAAGAGUGAACUUGAGAUGCUUGUUGAGCGGUUAAAGGAGACAGAUACCUCGCUUUACGGACCUGCACUGGACGCCAUUAAGAACUUUAUCAAGACCUCCACAUCAUCCAUGACAGCUGUCCCCAAGCCUCUCAAAUUCCUCCGACCGCACUACGAUGACCUGGCCGGGCUAUAUGAGAAAUGGGUCGCGGGCCCCGUCAAGAACUCGUUGGCCGAUAUGCUAUCGGUCCUCGGAAUGACGUACGGAGACGAGGAGAAGCUGGAGACCAUCAAAUACCGUCUCUUGGCCAAGUCGGAGGAUCUUGGCUCCUGGGGUCACGAAUAUGUCCGUCACCUCGCACUUGAAAUCGGACAAGAAUACCAGAACCGCUUGAACUCAGAGAACGAUACCCAGGAUCUAGUGGACCUUGCAUUGUCACUGGUGCCAUAUUUCUUGAGUCACAAUGCUGAAGCCGAUGCGGUCGAUCUCAUGAGCGAGUUGGAAAUCAUCGAAGACAUUCCCCAAUUCGUUGACGAGAACACAUAUGCUCGUGUCUGCCUGUAUAUGGUCAGCAUGGUCAACCUGCUCACUUACCCUGAAGACCAGCAGUUCCUCCGAACCGCCCACGAAAUCUACGUCCGCUACAACAAGCUCUCUCAAGCAAUCGUGCUCGCUAUUCGGUUGAACGACACCGACCUCAUCAAGAGUGAUAUCAACGCUACCUCCGACAAGGCUCUGAAGAAGCAAAUGGCUUUCCUUGUCGCCCGCCAGCAGAUUUGGCUUGACCUCCCGGCUGAGGAUGAAGAGGGAGAGGCUCUUGCCGACUGUCUCAACAACACCUCCAUCCCCAGACACUUCAAGUCCCUGGGCAAGGAACUUAACAUCCUGGAACCCAAGAUGCCUGAGGAUAUCUACAAGACACAUCUGGAGAGCAGCCGCGGGGCAGGACUCACCAACCUCGAUUCCGCACGACACAAUCUCGCCAGCGCAUUCGUAAACUCGUUUGCCAAUGCGGGCUUUGGUAAUGAUAAGAUGAUGCUCGUGGAAGGGGACAAGGGCCCGUGGGUGUGGAAGACCAAGGACGAUGGUAUGCUUUCCACAACGGCUUCGCUGGGUAUGCUGCUGCACCGUGAUGUUGAGGACGGCUUGGACAAGAUCGACAAGUUCACCUACGCAACGGAAGACGAGGUCAAGGCUGGUGCUCUGCUCGCUAUUGGUAUCUUGAACUCUGGUGUCCGACUUGACUCUGACCCUGCUCUUGCUCUCUUGAGUGACCCUGACAACCUUGAGUCAAAGAGCACCCCAAUGAAGGUUGCCUCUAUUAUGGGACUUGGCCUGGCUUAUGCUGGCUCUAACAAGGAGGAGCUCCUCGAGGUUCUUCUUCCCAUCGUGGAGGAUGCCUCACUAGACAUGCAGCUGUCCGCCAUGGCAGCAGUCUCGCUUGGCUUGAUCUUUGUUGGCUCCUCGAACCACCAGGUCAGUGAGGCGAUCGCCACCACCCUAAUGGAUGAGGAGCGCCAGAAGCAGCUCAAGGACAAGUGGACGAGGUUCAUGGCUCUUGGUCUGGCACUUCUGUACUUCGGUCGCCAGGAGGAAGUUGAUGUUAUCCUUGACAUCCUCAAGGCGGUUGACCACCCCAUGGCCAAGCCCACUUCAGUUCUUGCCUCGGUGUGCGCUUGGGCGGGUACCGGCACAGUGCUGAAGCUGCAAGAGCUUCUCCACAUCUGUAAUGAUAUCAUCGAAGAGAAGGAGGAGAACAAGGGUGAUGAACUUGUCCAGUCGUACGCUGUCCUCGGUCUAUCGCUCAUUGCCAUGGGCGAGGACGUCGGACAGGACAUGAUUCUCCGCCAGUUCGGUCACCUAAUGCACUAUGGCUCCAGCAACAUCCGUCGGGCGGUUCCUCUCGCCAUGGGUUUGAUCAGCCCUAGCAACCCACAGAUGAAGGUGUACGACACACUGUCCCGGUACAGUCACGAUAACGACAACGACGUUGCCAUCAAUGCCAUCUUUGCCAUGGGUCUCUGUGGUGCUGGUACCAACAACGCCCGUCUUGCACAGCUCCUCCGGCAAUUGGCCAGCUACUACCACCGCGACCAGAACUCACUAUUCAUGGUUCGGAUCGCCCAGGGUCUCCUCCACAUGGGUAAGGGAACAAUGACUCUCAACCCCUUCCACACCGACCGCCAGGUCCUCUCUCGUGUUUCGGCAGCCGGUUUGCUCACCGUGCUCGUGUCGCUCAUUGACGCGAAGCAAUUCAUCCUCGGUGACCACCACUACCUGCUCUACUUCCUCAUUACCGCCAUGUUCCCCCGAUUCCUUAUUACCCUCGACGAGGACCUUCAGCCCCUCACCGUCAACGUCCGCGUUGGUCAGGCUGUGGAUGUGGUCGGCCAGGCAGGUCGCCCAAAGACUAUCACCGGAUGGCAGACCCAGAGCACGCCUGUGCUCCUGUCUCACGGUGAGAGAGCCGAGCUGGAGGAUGAGCAAUACAUUCCUCUCAGCAGCACUCUUGAAGGCUUGGUUAUUCUGCGCAAGAACCCGGACUGGGAAAGCCCUGAGUAA